UGUAAACAGCUCAAUGAUUACUAUGGGCGAAAGCACUGGUAGAGCCGUUCACUGAAGCUCGGCCGUAGGGUGCAGUGAUCGUUGCGAUGGUUAUUGCUCUCCCUGGACCCAGGGACCGAGAUGGGGAAGCCGGCUCCUUCCUCCUCCUGGUCGUGGAGGCCUCACGUUGCCCAACUCGGGGACAACCCACCGCGCCAUCUCGGGAGCUCCUUCCAGGCAGGAUGGCCGCCCGGGUGCGGGAGAAGGGACAGGGGCGCCAAGGAGGACGAGCCGUGGGGCUCUCGGGGGCUCGGCUGCUAGAAAAGGCCUCCCUCCUUGACAUGGAGAGUAACCUGUCUGGCCUGGUGCCUGCAGCCGGGCUGGUACCUGCACUGCCGCCUACAGUGACUCUGGGGCUGACCGCUGCCUACACUGCCCUAUACGCGCUGCUCUUCUUCUCUGUCUAUGCCCAGCUCUGGCUGGUGCUUCUGUACGGGCACAAGCGCCUCAGCUAUCAGACGGUGUUCCUGGCACUCUGUCUGCUCUGGGCAGCCUUGCGUACCACACUCUUCUCCUUCUACUUCCGAGAUACUCCCAGGGCCAACCGCCUGGGGCCCUUGCCUUUCUGGCUUCUCUAUUGCUGCCCUGUCUGCCUGCAGUUCUUCACACUGACGCUUAUGAACCUCUACUUUGCCCAGGUGGUGUUCAAGGCCAAGACAAAGCGUCGGCCAGAGAUGAGCCGAGGCUUGCUGGCUGUCCGAGGGGCCUUCGUGGGCGCUUCACUGCUCUUUCUGCUGGUGAACGUACUGUGUGCAGUGCUGUCCCGCCAGCGCCGCACGCAGCCCUGGGUUCUCCUGCUGGUCCGCGUCCUGGUGAGCGACUCUCUCUUCGUCAUCUGUGCCCUCUCGCUUGCCGCCUGCCUCUGCCUCGUCGCCCGGCGGGCCCCUUCCACUAGCAUCUACUUAGAGGCUAAGGGGACCAGUGUGUGCCAGGCAGCUGCCAUAGGGGGUGCCAUGGUUCUGCUCUAUGCCAGUCGGGCCUGUUACAACCUGGCAGCUCUGGCCUUGGCCCCUCGGAGCCGGCUAGAUGCCUUCGAUUAUGACUGGUACAACGUAUCUGACCAGGCAGACCUGGUGAAUGACCUAGGGAACAAAGGCUACCUGGUGUUUGGUCUCAUCCUCUUCGUGUGGGAAUUGCUGCCCACCACACUGCUGGUGGGCUUCUUCCGGAGCACCAGUCGAAUCCUCAACGGGCAGGUUUUUGACUCCCGUUCCUACUUCUUUGACCGGGCUGGGCACUGUGAGGAUGAGGGCUGUUCCUGGGAGCACAGCCGGAGUGAGAGCACCAGCAUGUCCGGCAGCCUGGGCUCUGGCAGCUGGUAUGGUGCCAUCGGGCGUGAGCCAGGCUGGGGCGGGGCCAGUCAGUCGAGGACCACUCCUCUGCUCUUCUCCCAGGUGCCAGGACCUGGCGGCCACCACCACAGCCUCUAUUCCACGCCACAGACAUGAUCUCCUUUUACUCCCCUUAGAGCACCCAGGCCCCAGGUCCCCUUAUCCCCGGCCCCUGUGCCAAGUACAUCUGCCGCUUCUUGCCCAGGACGCCAGGGGACUGUGGCUGCUUCUCUCCUCUGGCCAGCUCCUUGCUGCUCCUAUCGUAGUGAGCUUGUGCCAUCCCCCUAAGAUAGGGACAAGGCCCCCAGGCUGCCAGAUGCCCACAGUGCCCUGGCAUGACCUGCUGCCUCUGCUUCCACACUGGAGCCAGCUACCUCUCCUGUGCCUACCACUCAAUAAAGAGUCUGUGUCCUGUCCCUUCA